GCCGUGUUUUCCCUCGUGGUGGCGAUCCCUGCAGUGGCGCGAGCCCCUUCCCAAACUUUCGGGGGGCCUGCGUCUGCAGCCCCCGGGACGUCGGCCGGGCCUGGCGUGCAGGGGGAGAAGUCGCGGCGGACGCGGAGGAAGUCAAUUGCGACUCAUUAGCGAGUCUGUAGAACUGCGUUUGUUUGGACUCCGAGGCUGCAAAUCUUCUCCCGAGCAGAGCUGACCGCCUCAUCUUUCUCCCCGGGAGAGGCUGAUGGUUUCGAACCGCGGAUCUUGAGGGUCUUCCUGGAUGCACCCUGGAGUGACUCCUGCCGGAUUCCAUUUCUUUGCUCUUUACCUGCCGCCUCAGGGAUGUAGUCAGAGCGCCCCCUGCAGUGGAGGACUCACUCUGAAUCCUGCUGGAGGUUGGAUGUUCCUGGGUCCCUCUGACCUCUCUCCUGAGGAAGGAGGAGGCUGCUGCUGGCAGCCCCCGCUUCUCAGAAAGGACGGCUCUGAGGUGGAGACAGCGACUCCUGGACUCCUGGUGGAGAACCCCAGAUCGACGUCCCCAGGACUGUGCUGCUCAGGGCUCUGCGCGUCUCCAGAAGUAGGAGGGAAAAUGAGCACGUUCCUGGGAUCAAUGACGUUCAAGGACGUGGCCGUGGUCUUCACAGAGGAGGAGCAGGAACUGCUGGACUCCACUCAGAAGAAGCUGCACCAAGAUGUGAUGGUGGAGAACUUCCGGAACCUGAUGGCAGUAGGAGGCACGAUCCCAAGGGAUUUGGAGACGGUUACACAAGCAGGAGUACACGAGGAUGUGUCCAAUUCAAAUAUCUGGCAACACAUUUCAGUGGACUUAGCCAGGUGUCAAGAUUUGAUGAUCAAUAAGUCCCAGUUGUGUAAACAAGAUGAUUCACCCUCUCCAGUUACAGGAGGAAUAUCACAUUUUCUUACUGGAGAGAAACCUUACCAGUUUAAUGGGUGUGUGGAAACCUUCAACUGUGUCUCCAGCUGUGCCCUUCACUGUUUACACUCAGGGGAGCAGAUUCACCCCUACAGUAAGUGUGGAAAUCCCUUCAUUAACAUCACAGGUCUUCUUAACCACCGGAGGCUUCCCAGAGGAAAGAAGUACAGUAAACCUGAUGAGUGUCGUAAGGAAGUUAGUAAGGGCUCACUUCUGCAAAGUCGCAUGAAUGACCACACUAUAGAGAAGCCACACAAAUGUGAGGAAUGUGGGAAACAUUUCAGGCAUAAAACAACGCUCAGCGUUCAUUGCCGGAGCCACACAGGAGCAAAACCUUAUGCUUGUGAGGAAUGUGGGCAGAAUUUUGUUUCUCUUUUGCGUUUUCAAGAACACCAGAAAAUCCACACUGGUGAUAGACGAUUCGAAUGUGAUACACGUGGUAAGAACUUUUGUCAUAAAGGAGAGCUUAAUACUCACUGCAAAGUCCACGUGAGAGCGAAACCUUAUAAAUGUGAGGAAUGUGGGAAGGGCUUCAGUCACAGAGCAGAUCUUCAGAUUCACUACAGAAUCCACAUGGUCGACAAUCCAAAUAACUGUGGGAAAAGUUUCGAGUUCCCUGCCCUUCUGCCCCAUCAGAGAGUGCACAGUGGGAAAAAGCCAUUCCAAUGUGAAGAGUGUGUGAAGUCCUUCAGCAGCAGAUCAAAACUUCAGAUUCAUUGUCGAAUCCACACAGGAGAGAAAUCUUAUAAUUGUGAGGCGUGUGGAAAGGGCUUCAGGCAGGCUGCACACCUCAUGACUCAUCAGAAAGUCCACAGUGGAGAAAAACCGUUCGUUUGUGAAGAGUGUGGGAAGUACUUCCGUAGUAGACCCAUUCUUCAAGUUCAUUAUAGAAUCCACACUGGAGAGAAGCCCUAUAAAUGUGAGGGUUGUGGGAGGGGCUUCAGGCAGGCCUCACACCUUUUGUCCCAUGAGAGAGUUCAUAGUGGAGAAAAGCCUUUCAAAUGUGAAGAGUGUGGGAAGUUCUUCAGCAGCAGAUCAAAUCUUCAAACUCACCAUAGGAUCCACACAGGAGAGAAACCCUAUAACUGUGAGGAGUGUGGGAAGGGCUUCAGGGUUGCGUCACAACUUUCCACCCAUCACAGAGUCCACAGUGGAGAAAAGCCAUUCAAGUGUGAAGUGUGCGGGAAAUAUUUUAGAACUAGAGGAUAUCUUCAGAUGCACUGCAGAGUCCACACGGGAGAGAAACCUUACAGUUGUGAGGAGUGUGGGAAAGGCUUCAGGCAGGCUGCUCAUCUUUUGACCCAUCAGAGAGUUCACAGUGGAGAAAAGCCCUUUAAAUGCAAAGAGUGCGGGAAGAGUUUCUGUCAGAUUUCACACCUUCAAGCCCAUCAGAGAGUCCAUAAUGAAGAAAAGCCGUUUAAGUGUGAACAGUGUGGAAAGGGCUUCAAGUGGAGUUUGAAUCUUGACAUGCAUCAGAGGGUCCACACAGGAGAGAAACCAUAUAAGUGUGGGAAGUGUGGGAAGUACUUCAGUUAUGCCUCAAGUCUUCAACAUCAUGAGCGAAUUCAUACAGGAGAGAAACCAUACAGAUGUGACGUGUGCGGUAAAGUCUUCACUCGACCUUCACAACUAUAUUCUCACCGGCGAGUUCACAUUGGAAAGAAACGUUAGUGGUGUGAGAUUGAGUUUAAGCACUUAAAUUGGAGAUCAAAUGUGAUAAAUGACAUAAGUCAUGCUGGUAGUGAAUUCUCUGGAAAUGAUAAUAUUGCUAAGGACUCAGAGAAUCGUCACGGGAAACAAUUCUACAAAGUGAAAAAAAUAUUUUUUUUAAAGUGAAGAAUUUUAUAACAAGUGCAACCUUAAGGAUCCCUGGUUGUGCUGUGGGCUAAGCAUUGACUGCUACCCACAAAGUUGGUCACUCAAUUCCACCAACUGCUCACUGGGAGAAAGAUGCUGUCUGCUCCCAUGUACCGUCUUGGAAAUUCUACUUAAGUUCUGUAUGAGUCAUCAUCCACUCAAUGGCGUUGGGUUAGAUUUAUGUGCCACCUAGGUUGAUGAAAUUAUCGGAGCUCAGAAAACAUUGGAGUAAUAGUCUGCUGUUCAGCCAAACUCCUAUCAGGGAACCCUUAUAAGUGGUGCAGCAAGGGCUUCAGUUAGCACUUUGGGAUUUAUUGGAUAUUAUUCAAGACCUAAGCCUUGGGAAGAAUAAGAGCUAGCUCUUGCCUUUAACAGAAGCAUAAUGAUGGGAAUACCAAAAGUAUUAUGCACUAGAACGUAAACUCCAUGAGGUAGGAACUGUGCUGUAGAAUCUUUGUCGGUUUUUUUCAAUGUUCUCGUCUUAAAUAGGGACGAUGUAUAAUAACUAAAUAUUUUUAUCCAGAAUGCCAAUAAAAAUUAAUAUUCAGAGAA